AUGUGGCGCUUCGUGCUCUCCGCUCUGCUGCUGGGCGAGCUCGCGGUGAGGUCCCUGGCCUCGCGGGGCGCCGUCGUGGACCUCGACGUCCUGGUUCUGGCCGAGGAGUCCAGCACGAAUAACCGCGCCAGCGUGCUGCAGAUGUCGGUGGAGAGCGAGGAGGGCGGCCAGGUGGGGACCACCCUGUCUCCAGAGCAGCGCCAGGUUGCCCACCUUCAGAAGUACGAGAAGGACUUCGUCGUGGAGCUGAACAUGACCGAGGCGCACGAGACGGGAAAGCUGAUGGGAAUCGUGCUCGACCAUGACGUCGAUUUCCAGCCCGCGAAGGUGGCGACGAUCCACAAGACCGGCCUCAUCGAGGAGUGGAACAAGAACAACCCUGACAACGAAGUGCACGUAGGCGACGAAAUCGUUCGCGUCAACCACAUCCAGUGGCACGCGAACACGGCGACGUUCGUUCAGCGCAUCGUCGGCCAGUUCAAAGCCGGGCGCAAGGGGCUCGAGGGGGCGGAUGCAGUCUUAAGGCUCUACAUUCAGAGGCCGAGAGUUUGGCACCACAACCGUUUUGCUCUGCAGCGGGAAGACGCUCACAACAAAGAGUACGCUACUGAGUUCGUCGCCCAGCUGUUCCUGCCCGACGAGCUCGACAGCUCCCUGGACAGGAUCAUGGGCUGGGCCCUCGGCCUCCAGCACGGAAGGGAGGGGGCCCAGGACUGGAAGCCCGUCGUCAUCAAGAAGAUCGAAGACUUCGGCCCAGUUGCGGAGUGGAACAGCGAGCACCCCGACCAGUUGAUCCUGGAAGGAGACGAGGUCUUGCAGUUCGACAACGUCAUCUUCCACCACAACGCCACGAGGUGGAUGACGGUCCUCAGGAAGCACUACAGGUCCGCCACCGUGGACAACAGGACCCACAGGUCGGCGCUCGUCCGAGUCCAGAGGCCGCGGUGGAUCCAGGACGCCUUCGACGAGACGCACCCAGUAGGGGAAAUCGGCCAGGAGGAGCAGCGGUCCAUUCAGAUCAGAGCUUCCCUCAGGCCGCGAGCCCCCUGUACUUGA